GUUGAUGACGUCAGAGUCAUGGCUGCUCUCACGGUGCCGUGCAGAGCUUGUGCGUUUCUACGCUAAAGAACAUUUAGGAAAUCGUCAACGAUUUCGCUUAUAUAUCGCAUCUGAGGGAGAAAGACCGGGUAACUCCCAACAUCGAGACCGUGUCUCCAAAGACGCUGUGGUUUGAAAGGUGACCGAAUGUGUUUUAAGCGUUCUCAGGGUUUUUUUUUUCUGUUUUCUUUUUUUUUGUGAAAGUGCGCUUUAUUGUUGUGGGUAAUGAAGCUGACCAGUUUGGAUCAGAGAAGCUCGGCUCCUGCGCGGCAGAAAGACGCAAACACCGCUACUAACGCCAAAGAGUUUCUCUUCGGUUACUUAAUAAUCAUAAUAUGAAGUGUUUUUUGCCUAUUGUCCAUGUUAUCGUCCGUAAUAAAGUGCGGGCCGCGUUCGGGCCUGCUGCUGCGGGCUAGCCAGCUAAGCUACUUCACCGCCAGAGAAAACGACAGACGGCUCCUCAUUGGCAAAUAUGCUAGCUAAGCUAGCCAGCUAGUCGGCUAGCUUGAAAAUUGACGUUUUGGUCGUCCAUCUCAUGUCACUUGCCAUAAAACCUAGCAGGUUGUUUACUGAUGGACACCCCUGAAAGCCCCACUCAGUCUCCACAAUCCCCUGAUGAGGAGGAAAAGGGCUUCUCUGAAAGUGAGCUUCUGGAGUCUCCGGAGUCCCCUGCAGAGGAAGGUAAUGGGGUUUCUGAUAGCGAGUUACUGAAUGAUGAUGAAGUAGAUGCAGACUCAGAUUUUGAUGAUGAAGAGCAGGUCGAGUUAGGUGGUGGGGCUCAAGAGGAUAUUUCCGACUUUGAAGAUGACAAAAUGGAUAGAGAUGUAAGGGUCCACCAUCAAGAGAGUGCCCUACGUCGGAGCAGAUCAGCUGAACUGGAAGGAGAGGGCGAGAUCCUGGAGACACCCAGAUCGCCAGACCCUGAUUCCCCAGAGCUAGAUCAGCCGUUCACUCCUGCCGAUGGAGAGCAGGAAGAUAUCAGGCAGGAAGACGAGGAUGAUGGAGGAGAGGUGACCACCAGGUCCAGAUUGAGUCGUCAAGAGCUGGAUGAAGAAGAUGAUGAUGAUGAGGAGGAGGAAAGGAGACGGAGGAGGCUUAUGGUAGUCAGCGAUUUGAAGGAUUCGCCCUCCGUGUCUAGAGAUUUGGAUGAGCACGAGCUCGACUAUGACGAGGAAGUGUCUGAGGAGCCUAGCACAGCCGCAGCAGAGGAAGAGGACACAGAGAAGGGGCCUGCCAUAGAGGAUGGUGAUGAAGAUGAGGAGGAAAAAGAGGAGGAGAAGAAGAGAAAGAAGGAAAGGAAACUGAUCUUGCCCCCUGAUACUCAGGCUAAAACAUCUGAAGAGUCAAGAGGCCAAGAGAGGGGUAGGAGGGAUUCUUUCCGUGAUAAAAAGAAAGACGAAGAUGAUGGCGAAAUUGAUGAAGGAGAGAUUGACGAUGAUGAUCUUGAGGAAGGUGAAGUAAAGGACCCCACAGACAGAAAAAUCCGACCCAGACCUAUCUGCAGGUUUUUUAUGAAAGGUAACUGCACUUGGGGCAUGAUCUGUAGGUUUAUCCAUCCAGGAGUCAAUGACAAAGGCAACUACUCUCUCAUCUCUAAGCCAGACCCUUUCUCUCCAAAUGGAGCUCCUCCUGGAGCUGGAGGCCCUCACCCACUCAUGCCCUCCAACCCCUGGACUGGUCUUCCUGUAGAGGAGUUGCCUCCUCCUCCGCCGCCUGCAGAGCCUCCAGUGGAGAGUGCCUGGGAAAGAGGUCUCCGACAUGCCAAAGAGGUAUUAAAGAAAGCCACAAUACGCAAAGAACAGGAGCCUGACUUUGAAGAAAAACGGUUCAAUGUUACCAUUGGUGAAGAUGAAUGGGAAUUUGACAAAGAAAACGACUUCUUCAGGGAACGAGGCUAUCGCAUUACCAGGGAAAUCAGAGAUCCUGGUGAAGUGGACUUCAGAGACCCAGCAUACAGUGAUCCAUAUGUUGAUCCUUAUUAUGACUAUGAAAUGGAGGCUUUCUGGAGAGGUGGCCAAUAUGAGAACUUCAGAGUGCAGUACACAGAGACCCCACUGCCAUACCACUACAAUGAUCGAGAACGAGAUCCUCGUGAGCGGCACAGAGAGAGGGAACGUGAGCGUGAGAGAGAUCACCGCGAGCGAGAGCGUAGACAGAGGGAGCGUGAGAGGGAGCGAGAGCGGGAGCGUGAAAAAGAGCGGUUGCGCAGAAAGGAAGAGUGGGAGCGAGACCGACUGAAAAGAGAUGAGAAAGAAGGUCGACCUAGAGAACGGCCAAUAAGGGAACCACGUGAGAAGAAAGAAGAGAAGGACAAGCCUCUUAAACCGCGUUCACCUAUCAGUAUGCCACCUAGCACCAUGACUUUAUGUACCCAGGAGCUGGAGGGUUACAUUUUCCAGGUUAAACAUAAACCCAAGGCAUAUUGGAGAGGGCCAAUGGAGUCACAGCCAAAGAAGGAGACCGUGCCCAUGGUUAAGCGGCCAGAUGAAUGGAAGGACCCUUGGCGCAGGUCAAAGUCUCCGAGGCGAAGACCUGGCCUCAUGGGGUCCCCACCUCGUGGACGCAGGCGGCAUAGGCCCUCUGGGUCAUCUGUGUCACUCUCUAAUUCGUCACGGUCAUCGUCACGGUCUUCUUCAUACACAGGUUCCGGUUCCUCACACUCAAGGUCACGAUCACGAUCUUCAUCUCUCAGCUCUUAUUCCACCCACUCCUCCCAACAUAGCUCUUUUACAGGCAGCCGUUCCAGAUCCAGAUCUUUUACGUCAUCCCCUUCCCCUACGCCUUCUGGUCAGAGGAACGCUGGCAAGAAUAAAGCAGAGCAGCCUCCUGGAGCAAUGAAAGGGCACCUGCCGAAGCCAGGUAUGCUGCCCCCUCCUCGCAGAGACAAGGGCUCCUCCAAGAAGAUGCCCAGUCCCUCAUUGCCGGGCAAACCUUUGAAACCUUUAGCAGAAGGAGUUAAACCUCCCAACAUCCGUGAAGUGGGCAGACCAGCUGUACCUAGAGAGCCGGUGAAACCACCCAAUGUGAGGGAGGGCCGUAGAAAAGACAGACAGCCACACGAUCCUCGCAGGAGAACAUUAAGUGGCAGUGUAAGUGGCAGUGGCAGCAGUUUUUCAGGCUCCAGCUCUCGCUCCAGAUCUCGAUCAUCGUCCGCCUCUCUUUCUCACUCUCGGUCUGGAUCCCACAAGUCCAGGUCUCUGACAGUAAGCAGUGUGUCGUCAGUGUCAUCUGCCUCCUCCAGCAGCAGCUCUGUGCGCAGUGCUGAUUCUGAUGAUAUGUAUGCUGACCUAGCCAGCCCUGUGUCCUCAGCUAGCUCCCGGUCACCCACUCCAGGUCACACACGCAAGGAGAAAGUUCUACCACGAGACAGGGAUGCCAAUAAAGAACGAGGAAAGCCCACAAAGAAAGAUGAGACCUUUAAAGACGAAAGGAAAAGGGUUGAUCAGUCUGGCCUUCCACCAAAGCCUGACCUUGGCAUGGCCAGGUCUGCACCUGGAAACCGAGGGAACCCAAUGAACGCACCACCCAUGAGUUCUGCAGCGGGCUAUGGUUCACAUAAGGACAUCAAACUCACCUUACUCAACAAACAACAAGCGGACAGAAGCAAUAGAAAAAGGUAUUUCCCUGCAGACAAAGACAGACCAACAUCUCCUCUUAGCAAGAGAAUGGCACUGUCUCCUGAUCGAGGUAGAGACAGAAGGCCUGGGCGUUCCCCACUCUCUCCUAGAAUGGACCGGCCCAGAGGUCAGGGCCCUCGGCCCAUGCCUCCACAGGGAGACAGGAAGCGUCCCCAGUCCCCACCACCUAAGUCUACUGGGAAAGGCCUCACAGCAUCAGCUGGUAAAUCUCCAGCUACGGUUUCAGGCUCGGGCAAACCCAGCAGCACUCUGUCCCGCCGUGAGGAGUUGCUGAAGCAACUGAAGGCUGUGGAAGAUGCUAUUGCCCGCAAGAGGGCAAAAAUCCCGGGGAAAUAAGGAAAAGGCCAGAAUCUGAUUUCAAGCCAUCAGUCAUUGAGGACGUGCAGUGUUCUUUAGAAGUGGAUAAAAUCUGUGAUUGUGUUUAAAAAAUCACAGACAUCCAAGUAGCUCACAAUGACAACUGCUACAUUAUUCACACAUCUCCCCUCAGCGAGAGGUUGUCUAUUUUAUAUUGAUGUGAUCUUGUAGUAGGGUGACAGUUUACUCUUAAUCUGUUAUUGCAAGAAGAUGGAAGCUUUACUGCAGUGUCAAUGCUGACAAAAAUGUACUAUUCAUUUCUUUCUCUGCCUCUGUCUCACUUAUUUUUGUUCUCGUGCCCUCGUAUUUACUUUUUGUUAAUAAAAAGUCCAUGUCUUUUGAUCCAAGGCUAUAAAUUUCAUCAAUCAUCAAGACAGACUGCCUUACUGAGAGUGACUGCUUUUGUGCGCACACCUGCCUAGCUUAGGUUUUGACACUCUGAAGAACUCAAAGUUCCCCUGAUCCCAUCUUAAUCAUUGAGAUCUCUUCAAUUCUGUAUGUUUUGCAUUUUGACUGUGUUCUGUAUCUGAUCGUGUACAAAUAUUAUAAGCCAGUUGAUGAGAAACACCUCUUAAGGUCUAUGAAACUAGAGAACAAAUGACAGUGAUGUGAUGUUUUGCUUUUAUAAGACUACAUUUGUUUGGGUUUUGUUUGUUUUUUGUCCCCUAGGUUUUCACGUAAAAAUGGUAUUUUAUUUUGUUCCUAAUUUUUAGACGAGUGUAGGGGUAUGUCUUUGGGACAUUCUGAGAUAAGGAAUAAUAAUAUCUUGCUUUUUGUGACAGAGAAAGCUUCUAAAUAAACUAUUUUGAUAAAGAGAA